ACACGUUGCUUAUACAAGUGAGUGAGUGAAACAGCGCUAGCGCACCAACAUAUUCUAAUUUAUUUCAGAGUCCUAUAAGCUCGUCUGAAGAAGAUUUGUGGAAAUCUCUAAAUUCGUGCGAAAUGUCGGGAUACGUUGCCAGGAAAGGUCCCUUGGUCUUCUCAAACUUGGGUAAAUGGGCGUACAACUUGUCUGGUUUCAAUCAAUAUGGUCUACACCGUGAUGAUUGUCUCUACGAGAACGAGGACGUAAAAGAGGCUGUGCGACGUCUACCCCGCAAAUUGUAUGAUGAACGUAAUUAUCGUAUUAUGCGCGCUCUACAUUUGUCCAUGACGAAAACACUUUUGCCCAAAGAGCAAUGGACCAAAUAUGAAGAGGACGUUAAAUAUCUGGAACCCUACUUAAAGGAGGUGGUUAAAGAACGUGAAGAACGCGAAGAAUGGACAAAAGACCAUUGAAACGUUAAGUGCGUCAUUUUUAUUUAAUGUUAAACAAGAUACGAUUUAUUUGGAGAUGUGUAAAUUAAAGAAAAAUAAACUAAUAAAUUGAAA